AUGGAACAAGACAGCUGUCAAACUCUUGAACGCGCCAAUGUUGAGUUUAAAAAACGUAAUUUCAAACAGGCAGAAGAACUAUAUACAAAGUUCCUCGCAUCAUGUUGGCAAACAAGGUAACACAUUGUCAUUGACAUCAUGUGUGAAUUCCAUGCAGAUUUAGCUAUUUGGAAAUACAUUAGCUAGCUAGCUAAAUGUUAACAUCCCUCUUUUACCGUGCAUUUAUUUCAGAAAAUGUGAUGCCAGUGACCUUGCUACUGCUCUCAACAACCGUGGGCAGAUAAAGUACUUCAGGGUGGAUUUUCGUGAAGCAAUGGAGGACUACACUUCUGCAAUUGAGGCCAACUGCCAGUUCGAAGUACCAUUCUACAACAGAGGACUAAUACAUUAUAGAUUAGGUAAUGAAGUGGCUACAACAGACGAGAUUGUAAAUUCCAAUGGUGAAAAAAUGUCAUGCAGUGCCAAUUUCAGUCACUAGAUGUGGUUGUUAGUUCAUCCAUUUGAACAAACUUGUGCUGGCAAGGCAGUCUUGCUAGUUUUCCUUAUGUGAAAUGUUUCAAGUUGGCUGGGGUAUAAUCAUUACGCCGAUUGUUGCAAAACGUUUUGUGGAAAACUUAACACCAAACAGAACGCAAACGAGAGUUUCUAUUGGACAAAUGCAGGUGCUCCAUCCUCAUUUUUGUUCAGUUUGGUUCUUAAACGGUAAACUGUUUAAGUAAUGAAUACACCCCUGGUGAAUUGAAUGGAUACAUGUUUUACCUUUUGUUGCAGGUUUUUUCCAAGAUGCAGAGAUGGACUUCAAGAGGGCCCUAGAACUCAACCCUAACUUUGAAGAUGCCAAAGUGAGCUUACAGCAAACAUUGUUGGACCAAGAGCACAAGAUCAAUAGGGGAUAUUGA